GUUCCAUUCCCACUUACAAGAAUUAAUACAGCUAAUUAGCUUUGUGGUACGUACUAAUUAAGCCAGUCCAACUCAUUCCCAUGCAGAUGCAGUAUAGUCGUUUUCCAACCGAAAAAUCCUCGUCCAUACAUACAUAAUUUCCAAGCAUAAGUUCUUUUCUAAAAUUAAGAUUAAUGUGCAUGUCACUCUAAUUUGUACUUCUCUUCACGUGUUGAUUGCAUUUGGUCUCUGGGCGGUGAGUCACGUGAUACGCAACUAGAUACAACGUAGUACUAUUACCAAGAUUGUUACCACACAGCGGAGGUCCUAUACGGAAGACCGACGACGUACUCGGUCUAUGCUUCUAUAUAUAGAGCACGUACCACCGUUACUCCGAUCACCACCAUCUUCAACAACCUCUCUUCUUCUCCUCUUCCAUUCUCUUCUCGGUUAGCCUUCGGUGGGAAUCGAAAUGGAGGUGGUGCAGAUACUUCACAUGAACAAAGGCAACGGCGAGGCUAGUUAUGCCCAAAAUUCCGAAGUUCAGAACAAAAUAUUAGCAAUCGCAAAGCCAAUCAUUGAGAAAGCCUUGCUCGAACUGUUGGGGUCAAACCGUGUUAUGGCAACGGAGAGUAUGGGCAUAGCGGAUUUGGGUUGCUCAUCUGGACCUAACACCUUGCUUCUCAUAUCGGAGAUCAUGGAUGUCAUACAUGCCCAACUCAGCAGUGGCCAGCUGCAUCCCUCGUCGUCGUCAAUGGAGUUUAGAGUGUUUCUCAACGACCUAUGCAGCAACGACUUCAACACCGUCUUCAUGACACUUCCCGCAUUCUACAACAAGCUGAGAGAAGACGAUCGCUACAAGAGAUUGUUUGGGGCUAACCCCAACCUCUUCAUUUCGGCUGUGCCGGGCUCUUUCUACGGCAGAUUGUUUGCCAGAAAAAGCCUGCAUUUCGUGCACUCGUCCUCCAGUCUUCACUGGCUCUCUCAGGUUCCCCCUAGCCUGGACAGCAAGACCGGCACGGCCUUGAACAAGGGGAAGAUCUACAUUUCUAAGAGCAGUCCGCAAUGCGUAUUGGAUGCGUACUCACUUCAAUUCCACGAGGACUUUUUGAUGUUUCUCAAGUCUCGGGCAGAAGAAAUAGUUGGAGGAGGAAGAAUGGUCUUGUCAUUCAUGGGCAGGCCAACACUUGACCCUACAACCGAACAGAGUUGCUACCAUUGGGAACUCUUGGCCCUUGCAUUGAUGAGCAUGGUUUCAGAUGGUCUUGUGGAAGAGGAGAAAGUUGAUUCCUUCAACGCUCCCUACUAUGCCCCAUGUGCAGAGGAACUGAAGUCGGUGUUGCAAAAGGACGAAUCCUUCAUAAUGGAUCGACUUGAAGCGUUCGAAAUUGAUUGGGACGGUGGUGGUGAUGUUGUUGAUGAUCAAGCUAAUAUCGUUAAUGGUUUUGAACAUGAUCAGAUGGUGGCUAUUAGUGGGAAACGGGUGGCCAAAACCAUAAGAGCGGUGGUAGAGUCAAUGAUCGAAGCUCAUUUCGGGAUAGAAAUUAUGGAUGAUCUGUUUCAGAGGUACACGGAGCUCGUCACCAAUCACUUGUCAAACAGGAGAACCAAGUAUAUCAAUUUGGUCAUUUCACUGAUAAGAAGGGAUUGAAUUCAGUUUUUCCUCCUUUAGAAGUACAAGUGAACGUGGGCACUUCUUUUUUCUUUUUUUUUUUAAGGUUUUAUUUCAUAGGAUAUGACUCCGCCAUUUGUGGCUAAUUUUCUUCAUGGAUACGGUUUAAAUUGAGUGUUUGCUAUUAGAUAUAAUUGUGAGUAACCACAAAUUUCUUAGUGUGUCCAGGUAAACAUGUACUCCUUUUUUGUAUUUUUUUUAAUAGAAAUUGAUUUCAUUAGUAAUUAAGCCAUGAAAAUGGGCCAGAGUCUAAUAGAACUUAUAUAAGAAAAUCCGAAAAACGUACCGGAUAACUUAUCUAAGUUAAAACUAAACUCAUUAAAGUCUAAUGGGACGCUCACAUGACACAAGCCUAACUAGGCAAGAAUAACCUCGCUUCUUAAGGAAAAAUCAUUCAUCUAGUCUAAUUUGCCGGCACGCAAUUGUGGUACAAAUUACAACUAGAAACAUCUUAGCAAAGCUUAUAGAGUUUAUCCCUACCUCAAUAAGACUUGCACCCAAUGGUCUAAUAGCAUAAAUUAAAAUCUAGCAGCUAACAACCUCGACAACAGGUUGGUCUUCUUGCUCUUCUUUAAAAUCUGCUUACUCAAAUUGGGCCCAAACCCAAAUCCGAGUACUUGAAACAGAAGCCCAAACACUGUGCUAGGCUGUCGCCGCUGCCGCCGGCAUCUGAACUUCCGGCAGUCGGCCUUUCCACCAUUCUGUCUCUCUGUAAUCAACAAAGAUCCAGAACCAGACAAACUCCAGUCAAAAAACCAACUAAAUCCGCACACCACUACGGAGCGCUUAGAUCACCACUCAACCCGAUCUGCUCGCCCCAAACUGAUCUGCAACCGAACGAGCCUUCCUCCUUCGAGAUCCAGCUACAGAAAUUAAUUCGUGUCUUCCCCUGCACUCGAGAACACCACUUGGAAAACACCUCGUUUGGCCAAGACCAAACUCUGAGCACGGACGGGCCACGCGCUGCCGUCUACUGCUCGCUAGAACCCUCCCCUCGUCUGCAGACCUUGCAAACCCUAGAGAGAGGAACGAC